GGUAUAUAGCCGGGCAUGCGCGGCGGGGCCGGCCGCACGCAGGGAGGGGGCCUGGCGCGGGCAGGGCUCGGGGACGCACGGCCGGACCGCGCCGCGGCUGCUGGUGCUGCUGCUGCUGCUGCUGCUGUCGCCGGCCGCCGGGGCCUGGCGGGCGAGUGCGCGGGGCCGCCGGAGCUGCAGGUGCAUAUGGCCACCAUGAAGCUGCUGCGCCCAGUCCUCCCUGGCUACUUCCUGCUGACCCUGCUGGGCCUGUGGAGAGCCGCCCCCGAGGCCCACGCCGCGGCCACCGCCACGCCGGCCAUCAGUGCUGCCUCUUUCCUGCAAGAUCUCAUGGACCGCUAUGGCAAGGGGGACAGCCUCACCCUGCUGCAGCUGACGACCCUGAUGAACAACCUGCAUGUGGGAGUGGACCGGGAGAACGCGACCCAGCCCCCGCAGGGCCGCGGGAACCUCUCCACGUGCUUCAGCUCCUGGGACCUGUUUGCUGCCCACAACCUCAGCGAGCAGUCCCGCAUCGGGAGGCGCGAGCUCCAGGAGUUCUGCCCCACGGUGCUGCAGCAGCUGGAUUCCCGCGCCUGCACCUCCGAGAACCAGGGGAACAAGGAGGACGAGCAGACGGCAGAGGGCGGGCCGAGCGCCGUGGAAGUGUGGGGCUUCGGGUUCCUCAGUGUCUCACUGAUUAACCUGGCCUCUCUCCUGGGAGUCCUCGUCCUGCCGUGCACGGAGCGGGUGUUUUUCAGCCGCGUGCUCACUUACUUCAUCGCGCUGUCCAUUGGAACGCUGCUCUCUAACGCGCUCUUCCAGCUCAUCCCAGAGGCCUUUGGGUUCAAUCCUCUGGAAGAUUAUUAUGUCUCCAAGUCCGCAGUGGUGUUUGGGGGCUUUUAUCUUUUCUUUUUCACAGAGAAGAUCUUGAAGAUGCUUUUGAAGCAGAAGAACGAGCAUCAUCAUGGGCACAGCCAUUACGCCUCUGACACGCUGCCUUCCAAGAAGGACCAGGAGGAGGGCGUGACGGAGAAGCUGCAGAAUGGGGAGUUGGACCACAUGAUCCCCCAGCACUGUGACAGCGAGCAGGACGGCAAGGCCGCCACGGGGGACGAGAAGGUCAUCGUGGGCUCGCUGUCCGUGCAGGACCUGCAGGCUUCCCAGAGUGCCUGCUACUGGCUGAAAGGCGUCCGCUACUCUGACAUCGGCACCCUGGCCUGGAUGAUCACCCUGAGCGACGGCCUCCACAAUUUCAUUGACGGCCUGGCCAUCGGCGCCUCCUUCACCGUGUCCGUGUUCCAAGGCAUCAGCACGUCCGUGGCCAUCCUCUGCGAAGAGUUCCCGCACGAGCUAGGGGACUUCGUGAUCCUGCUCAACGCCGGCAUGAGCAUCCAGCAGGCGCUCUUCUUCAACUUCCUCUCCGCCUGCUGCUGCUACGUGGGCCUGGCCUUCGGCAUCCUGGCUGGCAGCCACUUCUCCGCCAACUGGAUCUUUGCGCUGGCCGGCGGCAUGUUCUUGUACAUUGCUCUGGCUGAUAUGUUCCCCGAGAUGAAUGAGGUCUCCCGAGAGGACGAGAGGAAGGGCAGCGUCUUGAUCCCCUUCGUGAUCCAGAACCUGGGUCUGCUGACCGGAUUCUCCAUCAUGCUGCUGCUCACCAUGUACUCGGGACAGAUCCAGAUCGGCUAGCGCCCCCGGACCGCCCGGUCCCCGGCCCGGCGUCCGCCGAGUACCACGGAGGCGGCCACGGGUUGAAGCCUGCGACCCGGACUGCGCGUCCCUGUGUUCGGAUGUCGGCUGUUGUCACACCGCUCUGCCCUGGGAGUAAGCCGGGCUGGGAGCCAGCCUCUAGGUAGCUCGGUAGCGCCUCGCACCCUGGCCUUGCCCUCUCUCCUCCCACAGCAACUGUAGAAUCUCCAUGCACCUUCCAGGCCGAGCCUCACCUGCUUCCCUGGUCUCCCUGGCCUCCUUCUCUCGGAAUCAUCACUCAAGAGAUUGCAGAUCUCUGUACCCUACAGUGCAAAAUCGAGCCGGUGGCCAGCACCUGGCUAGAAGCAGCAGGUGCAUCUGGAGUUGGGGCCCGUGAAUCUCCGUGCGGGUUCACAGGGGAACCGCAGGCGGCCCGUUCUGAAACCGGUUCUCGCUUGUUCUUAACAGAGAAGGGGCAGGCGGCAGGAACCCCUCCCUCGCAGCUUUCCGAAGCCCUGGCAGUUGCCUGCCUCUUCUCUCAGCAGGCAGCCAUCAGGGGAGGCGGGCAUCACCGCGGGUCGUUGGAGGGGCAGGAGGCCCAGUGACUUGCGUGUGCUCGCUGGCUCCCCCUGCAAGUGCACAGCUCCCCGGGGAGUCCGCCGGGACGUGCAGGCGCAGGCGGGGACCCUCCUCUUCCUGGCUGUGACCCCCCACCUCCCCUCCCUGGCUCCCAGCUUCCCUUAGAGUAGAAGCACAUGCUGAGCACACAUCUGCGUCCCGCCAGCACGCUCAGACUCGGAGGCAGGGUGCGCUCCGUGGAGGCAGGGUGAUCCAGAGUGGCAUCAGGCAGGCAGAAUUCAGGACUGGCCCGUCCCGUCCGUGGAAGGACGAGUUCACGGCCGUCUCUGGAACUCGGGCUGCGGCCCCAACGGAUGUCGCUGCUGCCGGCGGGUCUGCCCAGGUCGCCGCCUCCUCCCUCAGCCGGGACCCACUGCCGGGUCCUGGGUUGAUGAUGAAAUGCUCUCGUUCUCUCGGGACCGCAGACAGGCCGGCUGCUCUGAGGAGCUGGGGGGCCAGCCUCGGGCACUGGAGCCCCCUCCUCCGAUCUCCAGGUUCACUAGGUGAAUGGACUUUCCAUUAUCAUAUUGAUAAUGCGAGACCCCUCGGCCCCUUUCUUAGAGGCGCCCACACUUGCAACCCAGGGGCUCGCGUGGGUGACUGGCCAGAGGCCCCAGUCUGUUCUGGCUCCCUCAGUCCUGAAAAGCAGCAUCUCCUUUGUUUUCUCUCACUGGACAACAAGCCCCGGGACCCCAACUACUCUUGGGCGCGAGUGGGGAAGCCGCGGGGGCGACUUCCUCGGAGUGGCUCGGUUCUGAUCCACCAGCUGUGAUGGACGUGGAUGACCGCUCACAACUCUGCUAGAUUUGAGAACACGCUGAAGAAAAACCUUUGGUGACCAAGAUUCUUGGGUCAAAAUCAAAACCAACUUCUCCUAGGGUUUUGGUCCACUUUUUUUAACCAAAGAACCAACUCCUCGCGUGUCGGCAUCUUUAACGUUUUUGUGUUGUGAUCAUUAUUAUUGUUUUAAUGCAGUUUCAUCUGUGCUUCUUAAACUGCUCUCGGGAGCCGGCAGAAGGUAACACUUGAAACCUAAGACUCUGGGAGAUCUUGCUUUACUUAAUUCACGUUGAUGUGUCAAGUUUGUAGCCUUAGCAUUCCCUGUAAGCCCUGUCAUUCAUUCCACAAAACCAUCCCGAGGUAAAGGUAGUGGUUUGUCGUUUAGGAGCUAAAGAGUCUCAUCGUUAGCAAAGAGAGAAACAAGCUUUGGACUAGAACAGUGCUUUCCCUGUGUAUGUGCACCUGCAGCGACCCAAGAACCCGCCCUCACAGGCAAAGGCUCCUUGUUGGCACCGUAAUCGGUGUAGAGGCCAGACCCAAAGUCAAGUUCAAGCUUAGGUCCGGCUGGGACGCCAGGUCGUCUGCUUGUUGAGUUGCCAUUGGCAGUGGAUUGGCCCUGUGAGAGAUGUGGCAGUUCGGCUUUCGUGCGUUGAACUUGGCCGUGUCGGGCAUUUGUACACAGGAGACUUCCACAGGGUAAUGGGUAGUUUGGAGGACUGUCCAUACCCCUGACGUUAGCAUCUUCAGCCUUUUUUUUUUUCCUAGACAGACCAGCUCCUAAGUCCUCUUCCGAGGAGGUGAUAAUAUGCCAGAAAUCUGCUUUACAGGAAAUGAAGUCUGAGUUUUGCAGAGAGAGGUUAGGUUUUUAUUGUUAUAUUCCCUUCACAGUCCUGCAGUUCCACCACAGUAUUUUUUUAAAUAACUCAGGUGUUAUGAGAAGAAAUUAGAAGAGAAAAUAACUUAUAUGGACUGUAAAUGUUUUAUUUGUAAGGUUCUAUAAAUAAAGCUAUAUUCUGUAAUUGUUGACAA